AUGGUUCAUCAACUAUCGUUGGUGGCUUCGAUACCUCAUUCAAGUUACUUACAAACAAUAGCUACUCUACAAGCCAUCACGGGACAAGUUCAACCACAACAAAUCUCGACAUAUACGCUAAUUGCUAAACCAAACCAUGUAUUCAAACCGAAAUUUGAACCCGGUAAGAUAAACCAAAUUGAGCAGUAUUUUAUGAAAUGCACAACGACUUGGCUGCUGUUUUUGGAACUAGACUUGUCCAAGCCGGUAUUGAAUAACAAGAUCAAUGGAACACAGGAUAUUAUAGCGAGAAAGUUGUUUAUCGAGGAGGAGAAAACUAGUAGAGACAAUGACUGCAACGUUGGCAAUAGCAAAGACACUAUCGAGCGAAGCGAGAUAGUGGACCAGCACUGUCUAAACAGACACGGGCUUAAUAGCAAAGACACUAUCGAGCAAAGCGAGAUACUGGAGCAGCACUGUCUACACUGUCUAAACAGACACGGGCUUAAUAGCAAAGACACUAUUGAGCGAAGCGAGAUACUGGAUCAGCACUGUCUACACUGUCUACACAGACACGGGCUUAACAGCAACGUUGGCAAUAGCAAAGAAAAGCUUGCAAGUGAGGGACAGUUUGGUAAUGAAAAAGUAUGGACUUUUCAAAUUUGUGAUAUACCUAUUGCAGGAAAGAAUCAAAGUUGUCUGCAGCAGACUAUAUAUGAAAGUACCUUGAUACACACGCACAUUGCCGUCGAUAGCCAAGUAGAGAAUGAAAUAAAAGUAAAGCUAGAAAAGAAACAGAGUGAAGCUGAAGCUGAAGGUGAAGCUGAGCAGAACUUUUCCAAAAAGAGCCAAGAAGAAGAAACAGAUGCAAUGCAGAUUGACUCCAUGGAGGGUGGGAAAGGCGGCGGCAAUGCUCAACCCGCAAUCAAGUCUGAAGAUGAGCCCAAAACUGAACUAAAAAUUGAACCCAGCACGGCCCCAAAAACCGAUCCUAGCAUGGUCCCAAAAACUGAACCCAGCACGGCCCCAAAAACUGAACCCAGCACGGCCCCAAAAACUGAACCCAGCACGGCCCCAAAAACUGAACCCAGCACGGCCCCAAAAACUGAACCCAGCACGGCCCCAAAAACUGAACCCAGCACGGCCCCAAAAACUGUCACCAAGCGUAGAAAUGACUCCUUUUUGAUAUUCUUGAACGAUUUAGGAUACUCGGUGAUAAAUCAAUACUGGGUAAAGGGAGUACGGUUCUUUUAUGGUGACAUCAUAAUUGAACUAUUUAAAGUGUUCAUUCGUGAUGACUCUCAGUCAGAAGAUGAUGAUCGAGGAAUCAAGUUGAAACUUCUUGAUGACUCAAAUACUUUCCAAAUUAAAUGUUAUAUAAACAUUGCCAAAUCAACAGAGAUUGAGUUGAUAAACCAGGGUGUUAAGCAUUUAGGACAUUUACAGGAUCUCAUUAAGGGAUUAUUUUUGUUGGAGAUUUCAGAUAGAAGUUUUUUGGAUUCAAGAGUAACAAAUGUAAAGUAA